UUAUUAUUAUUAUUAUUAUUAUGUAUGAAAAUCUGAGUGAUUGGCUUGUUAAACAACUUUUACCAUCUAGACCUGAUCCAAGAUUAUCAAAUUAUCCAUUAAUGUCUACAUGGACACCAACUGCAGUUAUCUCAUUCACUUAUUGUAUCAUUGUAUAUAUAUGGCGUAAAAAAUUAAUACAAAAAUACAAUAAACAAAAGAUUGAAUCAAAUUUAAAUGGAACUAUUUAUAAAAGAAUAAAUAGAAAACAAUCGAUUAAUUAUUAUAUGGCAUUAUAUAAUUUUAGUAUGGUUAUAUUCUCUACAUAUUUAUCAAUAUCUAGUUUAAUCUUAAUACGUCAACUUGAUUAUGGUUUAGGUUGUAUUGAAUUACCAGAUCCUAAUGAUAAACGUACUGAUUAUUUAGUUUAUUAUGGUUAUUUAUAUUUUUUUUCAAAAUUUAUAGAAAUGUUAGAUACAAUAUUCUUUUUAUAUCGUGGUAAAGUUGAUCAAGUUACAUUUUUACAUGUAUUUCAUCAUGCAUCCAUGCCACCAUCAGUAUGGUGGGGUUUAAAAUAUGCACCUGGUGGUUUAUUAUAUAUGUUUCCAUUAAUCAAUAGUUUUGUUCAUAUUAUUAUGUAUACAUAUUAUGGUUUAGCAUCAAUUGGUUAUUAUCAAUUAUUAUGGUGGAAAAAUUAUGUUACAUUAAUACAAUUAAUACAAUUUUUAUGGUUUAUAAUACAUCAAGGACAAUUUCUAUUAUAUAAUAAUAAUUGUAAUUUCCCAAAAAUAUUCCCUAUUAUUGUAUGUUUAUAUUCUUUUUUAUUUUUUAUAUUAUUUUUAAAUUUUUAUAUAAAAGCUUAUUGGAAAAAAGAACGUUUAGUUAAAAUAUUAAAAAAUGAAUAAGAAAAAGAAAACAAAAAAGAAAACAAAAACAAAAACAAAAACAUAAAAGAAAAGAAAAGAAACAUGAUCCAUAAUCAAUAAUUUAAAUAAAAAUUUUUAAAAAAACAACAGUAAUAUGAUAUAUUACGUAAUGAAAGAAAUCGAUUGAAUGAUUU